UUCCAAUUUCAGAGCCCCUUCCAGUCUCCUUUCCCCCAAUUCUCUCUCUCUCAAUCAAUCUCUUUCAUCUUCUCAAUUUGUCCUUUCUUCUCCACUCUCAAUCUCUUGCUGUUGAUUAUUCCUCGUCGUUAUGCUUUCCUACAAUCGCAGUCCUACCAAUGCCGGAACGCAAAUGAAGGCUAUGAUUUGAAGUUACAAGAAACUACGUAGAAAGACAGAGACUGGAAAAUGCAAGGGAAAGAAUCUGGCGCUUCCGGCUUCGCUCUUCCUGACGGAGUCUUGCAAGUCCUGCCUUCUGAUCCUUUUGAACAGCUCGAUGUGGCUCGCAAAAUCACUUCUAUCGCUCUUUCGACUCGUGUCUCGUUGCUUGAAUCAGAGUCCUCUGUUCUCCGCUCUAAACUUGCUGAGAAAGAUGAGAUCGUUGCUGACCUUCGGUUCCAGAUCGAAUCACUCAACGCUUCGCUCUCUGAGAUUGCUGAUAAACUCGCCCAGGCAGAGGAGAAGAAGGAGAGCUUGGAGAAAGAGAAUGCCUCAUUGUCGAACACUGUGAUGAAGCUUAGUAGAGAUGUUGCGAAGUUGGAGGUUUUCAGAAAGACGCUAAUGCUAUCACUUCAAGAGGAGGGAGAUAGCUCUACAGAAGUUCCAGAAGUUGUUGCUAGGAUACAGAACCAACCAAGUGAAUCUACUGCUUCACAAAUUGAAGAAGAGGUUUCAUCCUUGCCGCCCUCUAGAUAUUCAUCGGUUCAGAGCCAGGUUUCUGAAGUAGGAAGUUCGUUAGCAGAGGAUCAUGAUUCAGAUAGAGAUAGUAUACGACCUCGUAUUGCGCCUGGCCUCCUGUUAGCGUCCCAGACAAGUACACCUCGGUUUACUCCCUACGGUUCUCCUUCACUAUCAGCAUCAGUAUCCCCAAUGAGAACAUCUAGACCUGUGUCACCUGGGCGACAUUCAAUGUCAUUUUCAACCUCCAGGAACAUUUUUGAAGAUAGAUCUUCAGUAUAUUCUUCUGCUCCCUCAAGCCAUUAUGGCUCAAUUUCCUCCAACCAAGGGAGAACUCGGGUCGAUGGGAAGGAGUUUUUCCGACAAGUCAGGAGCCGUUUGUCUUAUGAACAGUUUGCUGCAUUUUUAGCAAAUGUGAAGGAUCUAAAUUCCCACAAGCAAACAAAAGAGGAGACUCUUCAGAAGGCAGAGGAGAUACUUGGCCACGAUAAUAAGGAUCUUUAUGCCAUUUUUGAGGGAUUGAUUAAUCGCAAUCUCCCGUAAUGAAAAUCAAACCAGAAAUAAAAAAUUUAAAAGAUUGGGACUACUGCUAUCAGGAUCGUUGGCAGCAACUGUACGUCCAGCAAUGCCCUGUGGUAAAUUUGUCAUGAAAAUGUGUUUUGAAAUUGUUUCCCUAAUUUCUGUCAUCAAACUGUGCAGUUUCUGCUAGUUAACGAUGGAUAUUAACUUAGAAUCGAGAUGGUACCUUGUGAAUAAACAUCUGAUUUGUUAAAAAAAAUAUAUGCACUUUAUUAUUUAAUAGAAAAAUAGGUCUAUUCUUUCAGAA